AUGGCUGGAAGCCCGUGCGACCCAGGGGUCGGCGUGGAUGCCUUCUUCCACGCCAUCUACACGCACAACACGCGCAUGGUGAUGCUGCUGGGCAGCGCGUGCUCUGACGUCACCGAGUCGCUGGCCAACGUCAUGCCCUACUGGAACAUCGUGCAGGUGUCGUUCGGGUCGACGUCGCCGGCGCUGAGCGACCGCGCGGAGUUCCCGCUGUUCUUCCGCACCGUGGCGCCCGACUCGUCGCACAACCCGGCGCGCCUGGCGCUGCUGCGGCGCUUCGGCUGGGACUCGGUGACGGCGCUCAGCCAGGACGAGGACGUGUACACCAUGGCGGUGAACGACUUGGUGACGGAGCUGGAGAGAGCCAACAUCACGUGUCCCGCCACCAUCACCUUCAGCCACACCGACUACAAGGACCAGCUGCGGAUGCUCAAGGAGCUGGAUACUCGUAUAAUCAUCGGAAGCUUCUCUCACGAGGUUGCGCCAAGCAUAUUCUGUGAGGCCUUCAAGCUGGGCAUGUUCGGGUCGGACUACGCGUGGAUCCUACAGGGCGGCCCCAGCGACUCCUGGUGGCUCAACGCCUCCGAGUGCUCGCAGCACCAUCUGGCGGCGGCGGUGGAAGGCUUGCUGCUCGUGUCCAGCCACAACUCCAUCGUCGGCGACCAGCCGUCCUUCUCGGGCCUGACGAGCGCGCAGUUCGCGCGGCUGCUGGAGGCGCGCGCGCUGCCCGUGACGCGCUACGCGCCGCAGACGUACGACGCGGUGUGGGCCAUGGCCCUGGCCCUGCGCGGCGCCCAGCUUCAGUGGGCGGCCAGCAAUGACGCGCCCAGCCUCUGGCAGUUCGACUACAGCCGCCGCGACAUGGCGCGCCAGUUCACCGGCCAGCUGGGGCGCCUCAACUUCCUCGGCGUGUCGGGUCCCGUGUCUUUCAGCGGAGCAGACCGCAUAGUAAUCUCAGCCUUUUACCAAGUGCAAGGGGCCGACGUGCGCAAGGUGGCCCUCUUCUGGCCGGCGACGGGCGUGCUGGACACGGCGUGCCUGAGCUGCGUGCCUGCCGCCUGGCAGGGCGGGCACGUGCCGGUGGCACGCCGUGUCUUCAAGCUGCGAGUCGUCACCAUCCAGCCCUCGGCCUUCCUCGCCGUGGCCUGCGCCGCCGCCGUGGGCAUCUCGCUCGCCAUCGCCUUCCUCGCCUUCAACCUGCACUUCAGGAAGCUCAAGUACAUAAAGCUGUCCAGCCCACGGCUUAACAACAUGGUGGUGGUGGGGUGCAUCCUGGUAUACACGGCCGUCAUCCUGCUGGGUCUGGACCAUGCAACGCUGCCGGCCAGCUCGCACUUUCCUGCCGUCUGCAUAGCGCGGAUCUACCUGCUGUCCGCCGGCUUCUCGCUCGCCUUCGGCUCCAUGUUCACCAAGACGUACCGAGUGCACCGCAUCUUCACCCGCAGUCGCAGUGGCGUCGUCAAGAACAAGCUGUUGCAGGACACCCAGCUGAUAUCUCUGAUCUGCGUCUUGCUGCUGAUCGACGGCCUCAUAGUCACACUGUGGGUCAUCAUAGACCCCAUCCAGCGACACCUGAGGAACCUCACCAUGGAGAUGAGUGAGGCAGACCGCAGCGUCGUCUACCAGCCGCAGGUGGAGGUGUGCAGGUCGCACUACACGCACAGCUGGCUGGGCGCGCUCUACCUCUACAAGGGCUUGCUGCUGGUGGUCGGCGUGUACAUGGCCUGGGAGACGAGGCACGUGAAGAUCCCGGCGCUGAACGACUCGCAGUACAUCGGCAUGAGCGUGUACAGCACGGUGAUCACCAGCGGCAUCGUGGUGGUGCUCGCCAACCUGAUGUCGGAGCGAGCCACGCUCGCCUUCGUGACCACCACCACGCUCAUCCUCACCUCGACCACCAGCACGCUGUGCCUGCUGUUCCUGCCCAAGCUGCACGCCAUCCUGAGGCGCGCCGACUGCGACCCCGUCAUGCACAGCAUGGGCCUCAAGAUAGAGUGCAACACUCGCAGGUUCCUGGCGGACGACCGCAGGGAGCUGUACUUCCGCGUGGAGGUGCAGAACCGAGUGUACAGGCGGGAGCUGGCGGCGCUGGACGCAGAGGCGGGCCGCCUCAAGAGGCAGCUGCUGGAGUCGCCGCCGCCCGAGUCGUCUGGCUCGUCGACCUCGCCGGGCGCCGCCUCCGGGCAGGCGGAGAACUGCACAGCUGGUGACAAGAAGAACUCGGCGGAGAGAAAGCCGUCUGUGAGCGUGAUCGGGGGCACUCUGCCGAUGCUACUGCUGUCAGUGCUGCCGCCGGUGAUCCCGCGAGCGAGCUGGCCUUCGACGGACCACGGCAGCAUCACCAUGCACCGCCAGGUGACGUUCUGCUCUGAGCCGAAGCUGGACGAAAAUGCGGGCGAGCGCUCGCAGCGUGAUGGCGAGCUGUUCGGGCAGGAGGAUUGCGAGUCACCAUCCAAGCUGGGUGUGCUUGGCAAGCUGUGGAGCCUGCUGGGCAGCAGCCGGCCAUCCAGCCGCAAGACGUCUGCCGCCUCUUUCACAGGUGGGGCGGGCAUUGCCUCCGCUCUCAAGUCUCACAUGGGGUACCUGGCCGGGCUGGUGAUGUGUGCCAGGUACUGGCAGUGCUGGUGGCGUGUUGCAGGUACUGGCAGUGCUGGUGGCGUGUCGCAGGUACCUGGCCAGGCUGGUGAUGUGUGGCAGGUACUGGCAGUGCUGGUGGCGUGUCGCAGGUACCUGGCCAGGCUGGUGAUGUGUGGCAGGUACCUGGCUGGGCAGGUACCUGGCCGGGCUGGUGAUGUGUGCCAGGUACUGGCAGUGCUGGUGGCGUGUCGCGGGUACCUGGCCAGGCUGGUGAUGUGUGCCAGGUACCUGGCCGGGCUGGUGCUGUGUGCCAGGUACUGCCAGUGCUCGUGGCGUGUUGCAGGUACUGGCAGUGCUGGUGGCGUGUCGCGGGUACCUGGCCAGGCUGGUGAUGUGUGCCAGGUACUGGCAGUGCUGGUGGCGUGUCGCAGGUACCUGGCCGGGCUGGUGAUGUGUGCCAGGUACCUGGCCGGGCUGGUGAUGUGUGCCAGGUACCUGGCCGGGCUGGUGAUGUGUGCCAGGUACCUGGCCAGGCAGGUGAUGUGUGCCAGGUACCUGGCCGGGCUGGUGAUGUGUGCCAGGUACCUGGCCGGGCUGGUGGCGUGUGCCAGGUACUGGCAGUGCUGGUGGCGUGUUGCAGGUACUGGCCGGGCUUGUGGCGUGUGCCAGGUACUGGCAGUGCUGGUGGCGUGUCGCAGGUACCUGGCCGGGCUGGUGCCGAGCAGCGGUGCGACAGUCGCCUCGUGUCCGCCCUCGUGCCACGCCAGCACCACGGCGGUGGACGUGGGGCGCACCUACGAGGAGCACCGCAAGUGCUCGCUGGCGGCGUGCCUGGCGCCGGAGCGCCGCUCGCAGCCCGCGCUGUCCGCCCGCGAGAGGACUCGGGGCUCGCCGCGCUUCCCGCACCGCGUGGUGCCGGCCUGCAGCCUGGGCGCGCUGGACCUGGGCGCGCGCUGCCGCUCGCUGGACGCGCACCGGCCCGGCGCCGACGUCUGGGGCACCGCCGAGUUCGGCGUCCCGCUGAGCGCGCUCGGUCGCCGCGACUCCGGGAGUCCGGUGGUGGAGCUCCCUGGCGCUGCCAUCGCCGGGCGAGCCAGCCCGCGGGACAGCGGGGGAGCGGGGGUGUGUACUGAGCUGCUGGCCCUGAGAUUACCCGGGAGUUUGUGCAUGGUGUACGUGCUGGUUGGUUUGGUCAGCCUCCCUCUGCUGGUCACCGUGCUGUGGCUGCUGCGCCAGUUGUGGCGCAUGCUGGCCUCCUGCGCCGGCCGGGGCUGCCCCGCCACAGCGCGCUGCGCCAGUCGGCCCGACCACGGCCUGGAGGAGGUCGUGAUCAUACCCGCCGACCACCAGUUGCACGGCUCAGUUCCUCAGGGCCGGGAGUCCGGUGGUGGAGCACCCUGGCGCUGCCAUCGCCGGGCGAGCCAGCCCGUGGGCGGGGGAGCGGGGAUGGUGUACGUGCUGGUUGGUUUGGUCAGCCUCCCUCUGCUGGUCACCGUGCUAUGGCUGCUGCGCCAGUUGUGGCGCAUGCUGGCCUCCUGCGCAGGCCGGGGCUGCCCCGCCACAGCGCGCUGCGCCAGUCGGCCCGACCAUGGCCUGGAGGAGGUCGUGAUCAUACCCGCCGACCACCAGUUGCACAGCUCAGUUCCUCAGGGCGUGCCGUCUUCUAGCAGUGCCCUGCUGCGUGAUGGGCCACUAGCAUCUUCCCAACAACAACACCAGUUCUCACCUGUUUCUCCGAUGGAAGAGAUGUUGCUUGCGUCGACUCGUGAACAGAUGCAGAGUGCAUCAACACCUGUCUCCUAG